AUGGGCCAAGGGCCAUCACCAAACACCAAGAAUGAUGCACAAAUGUUUGAUUCAUUGACACUCCAUCAACGGCUUGGAUCUCUUCUCCUUGACCUUCAAACCGGCUCUGAUCAAGUCCAAAGUGUGUGGGAAAUGUGGCAUGAUCCUGACAGUGACUGUCCUUUGGCGCUUGUUGACAAGCCCCAGACUGCACCACCGCCGGGAUCUCCCACAGUGAAACCUGCUGAUAUCCCAAAUGAACCAAACGAAAACGUGAUUAAGUACAGUGAGAUUAGCUCGACGGGCGAUUCAGAGUUGAACUUGGACGCUCUUCAUCUUGGUGAUACCACCGGGGAUCUUGUAUUCAAGGUCUCAAAUCAACAAACAUGA